AUGGCUAAACUUUAUCGUUAUUGGCCUGGCGGUGACCGUAACAAGACGUUCUACGUCGGACGCAGCAUUAACCGUGUGACCAGCUCUCCAAACAUAGAAACCAUGAAGAUCACUCUCCAGUUCCUGAACGGCGUUAAGGUAUCGGUCCCCCUCAAAGAUUGUACAGAUGCCGUGGAAUCAGACGAAAUCACCCUGGCCCCAUCGGUGUGA